AUGCAGAAACUCAAGGUGGGCGACAAGGUGCUUACUACCACUGAAACUGACAAAGCUGAAUAUCAGCCGGUGUAUGCAUUUGGCCAUCGAAGCCCAACCACUUUGGGGCGAUUCCUUCAAAUCACCACUGAUACCGAUAGUCUCGAAAUUACCGGUGAACAUUUGCUCUAUGUUGCUGACAAGAGCUACCCUGUCCGUGCUGAUUCCAUCAUUGUUGGAGACAAGCUUCAGACUGCCGACGGUACUGCCAAUCAGGUCAAGAAAAUCAAGACUGUCAUGAAAGAGGGGCUCUAUGCGCCAUUGACUCCCGGUGGAAAGCUUGUCAUCAAUGGCAUCCAGCCUACAUUGCUCCUCAGAAGGAUGACCAAGAGCUGUUCACCACUCUCAAUGGUCUCAUCACUAUCCCCCACUCAUCUUACAUUCAUUUGUAUCUCGCCCCUCUUCCACGGAAUGCCUCUCUACAUCAAAUGGGGGAUUGAUGUCAUCAAUAUGGCCCACCGAUACUCCAAUGUCUAUGCAGAACUCAUCUUUUUUGUCAUCAGUGGAAUUUUUUUGUCAGGAUUUGUCGCUGUGGAGGCUCUCUUUGGUGCUACCCUGGGACCACUGAUUGUCUUUUCUGUUUGUGUUGCAUACUCAUUUGUUCGCAAGACCCACACUGCCAAGACCAACAAAGUAAAGACAGCCUGA